ACGCGCGACCGGAUUGACAGCUCGCGCCCUGCUGGUGUAGCCGUUAGCUCUGUGACUGUACCAACGGCUGUUUGAAUGGUUUAACGACGGAGAGCAAAAAACUGGAAAUAAAAAAAAUAAAUAAAAUAAAAAAUAACAACAGACAGCUACACCGCCCGGGAAGGAAAGAAGGUGAGAGGCUGAGUGAGCGAGGGAGCGAGUGACAGAAGGAACGAGAGAGAGAGAGAGAGAGAGACAGAGAGAGGCCAUGGAGCAGCAGAGACAAAGAUCUCUCUCCACAUCAGGAGAAUCGCUGUACCUCGUGCUGGGAGUCGACAAGAGCGCCACGACAGAGGACAUCAAGAAAUGUUACCGGAAACUGGCAUUGAAGUUUCACCCAGACAAGAACCCGGACAACCCAGACGCGGCCGAAAAGUUUAAGGAAAUCAACAACGCUCACUCCAUCCUGAGCGACUGCACCAAGAAGAACAUCUACGACAAAUACGGCUCGCUGGGGCUCUACGUCGCAGAGCAGUUCGGAGAGGAGAACGUCAACACCUACUUUGUUCUGUCCAGCUGGUGGGCGAAGGCGUUGUUCGUCUUCUGCUGCCUGUCCACAGGCUGUUAUUUCUGCUGUUGCCUGUGUUGCUGCUGUAACUGCUGCUGCGGUAAAUGUAAACCUCGGCCGCCUAUGGACCAGGAACCCGAGUUCUACGUCUCCCCCGAGGACCUGGAGGCCCAGAUGACCGCUGACGAGAGAGAUGGCGGUGAGCCCAUCGUGAUGCAGCCGUCCACAGCCACAGAAACCACCCAGCUCACCUCUGAUGCCCACCAAAGCUACAGGACCGACGCAUACUAAACACACACACACACACUCGCAUAAAGCUCAGACCUUACAGUUAUUAGCAACAGUAUGAGCCAGGAGUCACACACACACACACACACACACACACACACACACACACACGGUUCCACCACAAUCACAUGACUGAUGAAGUCUCAACACCUUUCUUGUCAGUUCAUCUGUUAUUUUCUGUUCAUCUGCAGCAGUAAUUAUAAUCCCCACACACACACACACACACACACACACACACACACACACACACACCAGCAAAUCUCAAAAGCUCAACUGCUCAGCACAAACAUUUUUUAAAAACAUUUUUAAUUAUUGUGGAGUGAAGGAGGAAGGAGGAAGGAAAAAUGAAGGAGGAAAACACUAGUUAGACAGAAUCCAUACAAAAGCAUGAGCGAUCUUCUUCAACGUCACACAGCAAACAUGGAGUUCAGGCCAGUUUUAUUACCCAUAAUAUCAAAUAUGCUUGAUAACAAUCAUCAGUCAUAUGCAGCCAGAAGCACAGAAUUAAAAAGGGACACAUUUACUAAAUGCAUCACAAGAUGGUUUUACCUGUAAGAAGAGGUAUGCACACAGAUUGUGAUGUUUUAUUUUUCCCAUUUCAAAAAUCAUUAGAAAGAAAAAGCAUAGAUAUUGCAGCCAGUGUGUGUUUUAUUUGUAUCUGUAUGGCACAUUUUAUACUUUUCACAUGCAAUCUGUGAUCUACCGAUGUUCACUAGUGUCCCCACGGACUUACACAGCCCAAAGUGUAUGAUGCACACUGUACACCUGGACCAUACGCACAACAGUUAAUAUUAGACAGAACCACGUCUGUGUUGGUAUAUAUUCUGCCCUCAAUGGUCGUUGAGAGUAUACAGAGAUCUCCAGCCUUCCAUCAAUCAACUCACAUUUCUAAAAGUGGAAAUUUCUGGACCUUUUUAACACGUCAAAAUGUUGUUUUUCAACAAGAAAAUGUACUUCUCUGUUUUUACCUUUAUUGUCUUGAACUUAAAUCUUCUGCUGGUGGAUGAGAACCAAACUAAAUCUCCUUUUAGCUCGCUGGGAAACACUUGUUGAGGUUUCUCUCUCAGCCCAACGCCAGCUGGAAGUAGGUCAGAGAUCUGACGUCCAUAUGUUCAGUGAGCAGUGGCUAGGACUGGGUGGGGGGUGUUUAUUUGUCCCGAAUACCCUCAUGAACAUCACCGCAGGAGCCCCUCUCAAUAUGGAGAGGGGCAGCUCACACUUUAACAGGUGCCGCGCUGGCAUUGAAAGCCUUUGCUCACUUAAAUCUGCUUCCGCUGGCUUUGUGCCUCUGAAGUAUUCUGACGUUUCAUUGGUCACACAGAAACUGCUGGGACUGAAUCUUAAUCAGCUUUGACGCGUGUUACCAUGACAGAACAGAUAUCUGGAAAUCGACACCAGCCAGCAGACAAACAGUACAGCUCAAUGCUAAAACAUACUGGGAAAUAAAAUAAAAAGUCUUCUCACAAUAAUUUACUCUGAUAUUUCCUGAAAAAAGUCAUGACAUUGCUUCAGUUUCCAAGUAGUAGCAGUAAUUAGUUGCAUCGCUUGUUAUUAACACUACUGUAUGAUAGAUUUGCUGUGGACCUUCUCUUCCUCUCCUCCUUCACUUCUUCCUUCUUUUAUGUUUCACCUCGUUCCACAUAUGAAGGAUUGAGCUCGCAUCGAAAGCUGUACGCGUGAGCCACUGCAGAGUCCAGUGUUAUUAGUAGAAACAUUAUAAGUACGUUAGCGACCUCUUGCUCUCGUUGCAGACUUGCAGACAUACACACUGAUUGAGCCCCCCUUUUUUUUUUUCUUUGUUUUUAGUUUUCAUUUUGUUUUGUGAGAAAGUAAAAAUGCUGUACACGUCGUGUGAACUGUAUGUUUAGAUUUUACGUCACUGUAUUUCUUUGAGUGGGUCAGAAGUUUUGAACACUUUCUUUCUUUCUUCUGUUUGUCUCUGUAGAACUGCUUUUUAUUGUAUUUGUUUUCUUAUUUAUGUUGUUAAUGAAGGGAGGAUAUUGAUAUCCAAAGUCUUAUUGUAGAUUACACAAUCCUUAUAGCAACAGAAGAGCAGUUUACAACAAUCACACUGAUUAGUUAGGGAAUCAUUUUCCAGAAUAACACACUCUUUUUUUUUUUUUUCUUCUUUAUUUGUUGCUCGCGAGUAGCACUCCAGCUGUGCUAUAGUAGAAAAUACAGGAACGUUGUGGUUGUUUGUGUUUCAUUUUCAUUUUUGUAAAAAAAAAAACUAAAAAAAACAAGCUAAUUUAUUCUCUAUAUUUUCUUUGAUUCCUCAAUCAAACACUUUGUUCAUUAUGUAUUUAUACAUAUCAUGAGAAAGUGCAAUAAGAGUUAAAGAAGUAUUUCCCAUGGCUGUCCUCCACUUCUAAACGUACAAUCACAAAUUUCAACGGUUGUUUAAGGGAAUCUGCAGGUUCAUAAAAAGUCUAAAAAGAGACCUAAAUGGAGCUAAAUCAUGAUGGUCUUCAUCAUCAAAUCCCACAAGUUAUUUCUUACAUCUGUACAAAGCAGAGCUGUGAGUAAACACAUUUAAACAGUUCAGAACAGGCUUGUUUGGGUUUUUAAGUUAGUUUUAAAUUUUGUCCUCCAGUUUUUAAUUCGGACUUCUGAUCCAACUUUUAAUUUAAAAAAAAUGUUAAAGGACCCUUUUAAAGGGUUUUUAUGAAACCUGCAGAUGUUCUGCUUUAACCACUUUUCUCUUGAUUUGUUUCCGUGCUUCAUGUCAUGUGACCAUUGAAAUGCCACAUUGUUAAACCCAUUUCUGUUUCUCAUUUUUCCUCUUAUUGACCAAACAUGCAACAGUGUCUGAGUGAAUGCAGCGUGAAGCCUGAAACCCAGAGUCAAGAAACUUCCAUUGUUAGAUCUAAAACAAUGACAAAUAACAAGAACUUAUGUAAGUGUGAAUAUAGCAACCAGAUGAUAAUAAUAUUGAAGCAUUAUUUUAUUUAUUUUAUUUUUGUUAUGUUUUUAAUAAUUGAUUUAACGACUAGCUGGUAUGUCAAGGGGAUGUAUAGACUUUUAGAUGUGAACCAUUUUGACAAGGAAGUGGCAGAAUGGCAGACCUGCUGUAUAUACACGCAGUGGCACAGUACAUAGAGACGUAGAGGUUUUCUGUUUUUAGCAUGGACUGAUGUUUGCGUCUGUCAGGCAGACGUGUGGGUAAAUGAAGUAUCUGAUGUACUGUUGUAAAAUAAAUGUUUCUGUUGCUUCAGA